AUGUCCGCGCCGUCGCCCAUCCCGCCGCCCAACGACCGGCGGAACUCGCGCGCGUCGAGCAGCAGCAGCCUGCCGCUACAGACGCCAGACGAUGUGGCCGCAGAGCCGGGCGAGUUGCGAAUGGUCGGUGGCCCUCCCAGCAGUCCCUCGCCGUUCGCUCUGCGCGUGUCAAACUCACCAUCUUCGAAGCGUCGCCGCAGCCGAAUCGUCAAAGUCCCGCCCGAGCUCGCCGCCCUCGAGUACGUGUCGACGCCCGACAGCAACCUCGUCUGCCUCAUCUGCCACGCGCCCUUCGACAAGCCCGUCCAGCUGCCGUGCGAGCACUACUUCUGCCAUGACUGUCUCGAGCAUGCCUGGGCCCCGCAGCCCAAUGCCCGCAAGACGUGCCCCACGUGCCGCCACAAUAUUGAGACCACUCGCGACCUGCGUCCCGUGCCCAAGAUCAUCGAGCACAUGCUGGACGAGCUUGUAGUCAAGUGCUCCAACAGCAAGGCUGGGUGCGACUGGGUCGACCACCGCGUCAAUGUCCACGACCAUGUCAUGAUAUACUGCGAAUACACGCCGGUGGAGUGUCCCGUGAGGGAGUGUCGUCUGCACAUUCCCCAGAAGGACUACCACAAGGGCUGCCUGCACUACACCGUCAACUGCGAUGACUGCCACACCUCCCUGAUGAAGAAAGAUCUCGAGGUAAGUCUGGUGACCAUGUUGACAUGCCUGUGCGCGGUCGAGGUCCUGCGUCUCGACUUGAAGAACCACGUCAACAGGGACUGCCCCAAGCACAUCAUAUCUUGCCAGGGCGCCAUUGUCGGUUGUCCCUUCAGAGACGAGCGCGCAGACGUCUUGCAUCAUGAAAAGGCAUGUGCCAUGGCGACCAUGGCCCCUCAUUUCCGCGAACAACAGGCUCGCAUCGAGCGGAAUGAGGCGCGCAUGGAGCCGCUGAUCAGGAAGGUUGGCGUUCUCGAGGACGGCCUCACCAACAUCACCAACAUGCUGUACCCAGCCAAUUCGAACGAUGCCUCCUUUCCGGUCACGGAUCCCUUGGACCCCAACGAUGCCGAGGCCCCCACAGACUUCAAUUUGCCGCCAGCUUCAUUUCCACCCGUUACACAAGACAACGAGAAUUCUCAAGCCCAGCCACCUUUUGACUCACAGGUGCACCACCUCCUUACACUCCACGACUCCCUUCGCGAAGAAGUGUCUCGCAUUACCAACGCCAUGACCGAGCUCGAGGGCCGUGCCAACAUGAUGGUCUUCAACGAGAGCACGCGCGUAAAGGAGGAGAUGCUGCGCACCAACACCGCCAUCAACAGCAUGCGCAUGCAGCUGCAUUGGCUAAUGAGCUCACACCUCCACAACCGGUCCAACUCUGCUGGUAGCUCAUCAGCUAGAACUACCGGUGGUACGACCACCGCUACCAGCAGCGGCAGUAAUGUUACCCCAGGAGCUAAUGUCAGACCUGGACCGAGUGGGACAAUGCAGUCUUUUCGGCGCCUGAGCGAUUCGACUCGACAGGACACAAAGCUCUGA